UUUGUCCAUUUAACUUGGUUCGAAUGCCUCUGACAAUUAUGUGUUAACCCGCAGCACAUAGCAGACAGCUGACUCUCAGCUGCUGCAGGAACCAGAGCGAAGUCGCCUUUAUGUCGUCGUAACGACCAGUGCAGUAAGUGCUCUAAAAUUAGACUGAGGUUCUUUUUAUGACAUGUCUGCUUUCAGUUAGACUUAUUGUUCCCACUUGAGUCCAAUGUGUUUCUUAUAAAACCUCAACGACACAGUUGUGGUAAUAAUUGAGUCUCAGCUACUGUUUUGAUGAAAAGUAGUUUAUUUGAUUAUUUGGUAAGAAAAGUAGUUGUGGAUCCAUGUCUUGAAAAUCAUCAUAAUGCCAUUUUGCUAUCAAAGUAUAACACUGUUAUGCCUCUUGGGAUUUAGCAGUUACAUAAAAGAAAUGAGAAGAAAUGAUGUGAAAGCUACUCCCACACUACAAUUUAAUUUUACAUUUGUCAGAACAUAAGAUCACGAUUUUGGAGCCAUUUUUUGGGGGGUGGGCCUUCAGCCAAUCAGACGUAAGACGUUGAGUGGGCUGUUUAAACCGAAAUCAAAAAUAUAAAUGAAAACUCAGAUUUUUUUAUUUAAUCUUUCCAUGGUAGGAAAUUGGAAAUAAUUUUUUUUUUUUUCAUUUUGACAAAUGUAAACCGGCUUCACCCAUACAGGCUAUUUCUUACUUUUCUUUUACUUUGCAGAUGAGGUUAUGUUUUUGUUUCUGUUUGUUUAUUAUUAAGUUGGAUUACGAAACAACUCUCCAAGCUCUUUUUACUAAAUAAUUCAUAUAUUAUUCAUAUAUCUGUAAAUGGAUUGUGGUCGUCUGUAUUAGUAGUGCGGCUUCAUGUCCCCACCAGUGGGUUUUACUCAGCAUGAAUCCCAUGAAUGCAGAGACCAAUUUACUCCAUUUAGCUAAAGAGGUUGUGGAUGACUCAGAACCGGGCCUAGAAAUAAAAAGUGCUGGAUGCAACCAUGUGCGGCACCAAAUGUGGAAGCAGUUAACAAAUUAAAUUAAGUGUUGAGUAUUAAAUGUGUGGCUCCAGCAGAUGAGUGUAAGAAUGUGGGAGAGGGGGAAUAAAGACGAGCCAAAAAAGGAGGGCCACAUGUGAGGCUGGUGUCGGAUUGUUGUGGAGGAGAAUGGGGUCAGCGGCGUGCCAUGUUUCCACUUUAAGUCUGUGCUGGACGGGGGGGAGGGGGCAUUAGAGGGUAAAGGGGCAGAGGGGUUGUAUUUUUAUAAAACAUUUGCUCUCCUGCACGCCUGACACUGUUGAAGCAGAAAGGGCCCACAGAAGGACUGCUGUGCCUUUCACUCAGACAGACAGCGAGGCACACUCCGGCCUGGAGCUGCGAUUUGGACACAAAGAGAAAAGAAAAGUGUCUAAAAGAACGAGAAGAAGAUGGACGUAAAGACUAAAAACUCGGACAUCAGCCUGGAGAAGUUAGGCAGGAUGGCCGAGGAGCUGAUGCUGCCGGGAAGGUUUAUUCUCCGAGUUCUAAACGCUGCUCUGGAGUCUGUCACAAACGUCCUGGCUACGAUUUUUGGAAGUCAAGUGUUCAGGAGACACUUCCACCUGAUGCUGUCUGGUCUGGUUCUGUUCGGGCCUCUGCUGAAUCUGUGGGUGUCCAAGUUCAGCAUCUUCACAAACAGCCACCAUUACCUUUACAGGAAGUUUCUGAAGUCCACUUGGGGUUGGACCUGGAUCUUCAGCGGCUCCUUCAUCCUCCUCCUCUCCCUCUCUGCCCGUCACUCCCUCUCUCUCUCCCUCCGCCACCUCUCUCGGCUCGGGGUGGUGGGCUUGCUCUGGUGGGGGUGUCGCCGCCUUCUGACCCUGCUGGAGGACGCGACAGGGACCUGCUACGAGCCGAUUGCCCAGGAAACCCAGAGUUCUGCCUCCCUGGGACUUCCACCGCCCCUGCUGCUGCUGCAUGAGGGCCGGAGCAAGGCCUCCUGCCUGAGGGACAACAUGGUGUGGAGGGGCUACGAGGUUUCCCAGGACGUCCUCAUCCUCUGCUUGUGCUGCCUGCUGCUGGUGGAGGAACUGUCCGUCUUUGGCCCUCACAUGGUCCGAGCGAGGAGGAGUGGUCCCCCCGGGGCCCCGUUGAGAUUCGUCUUCCUCCUGUGUGUCGCUCUGCUCGCCGUGUGGAUGUUCCUGCUGCUGUGUGUGCUCGCAUACUUCCCAAAGUUCCCCUCGCAGCAGCUGGGGGGAGCCCUGGGCUACCUGGGGUGGAAAGGACUCUAUCAGGGAUGGUACACACUCGGGCCGAGCUGGUGCUUCCCUGGUUUGCCAGGAGACGGACCAUUAACAACCACGGAAACCGGAAAACAAGACGAGUAGAAUAUAUUUAGGGGAUGAGAGUGUGAGAGGAUUUCCCAUUAGGUCUUAUGAAGCAGUCUAGGUAUUCAGCACUGUGUGUAAACGACACCACGAGUCUGGCAUCGCGUGAAUAUGCAGGUUAAUUUCACUGUUUGUCACAUUAGAUAAGUAAGUAAGUUCAGACAGAUUUAUUGGAAUCAUGUUGCUUUAUUUUGUAAUCUGAACAAAAUGCAUGAUAUGAGAUGACACAAGACGUUUUUUGUCGGAGCGUUUUUUUUUGUUGCUUGAUGGCAGCGUCACACGAGACGAGCUGCAUCUUGUCUGAGAGCCCGUGAGCUUGCUGAUGCCCGUCUCAGUAGAUGAGAGCCUUCCCGUCCCCUCGGGGCUUCUUGAUCUUGUCGUAGUUCUUGGUGAUGACGUCGUACAGCACGGCCUGUAGAGAGAGAAACGAGGGCGAGAGUCAGACAGACACAGGGAACAGCACGGAUGUGAGAUGGAGCGUGAAUAAGACAGAGACACAUAGAACGCUUUCUGAAUAAUCGCGUCCUUUCAUCGGCACCUGCACGGCCGCAUUCAUAAACUGCCAUCAAACGCCGCAGGACAACAUCCAGAGGAAGUAAAGAUUAAUGGACAAGAGAGGGAGCACGAAUCACUUCAACACAAGCACAGCAAUUAGUUUAAUUAGCGUCCUAUUAAGAAGGAAGUGAUUCCAUUUAGCCUCCGUCCCUGCUGCGGAGACACGGCUUGAAUAUUUAACAGAUGUGAGGGGAGUUAUAUUCACAAUUCAGUGUUUGAUUACCACAGAUGAGAUACUGGGUUCAAUAAAUAAGUUUUCAAACAUUAUCAAUCGACGCAAUACCAAUUGGGUUUUUCUAUAAUAAGGUUUUUAUCAAGUUAAAGAUGUCAGAGGCCUGAGAGGGAAGAUCAAAGAAUCUGUGUCUUACAUAUGUGUUGCAGAUGUCCUGGAGCACGAGGCGGAGCUCGGAGUACUGAUACAGGUCCAGCUCGUGAACCAGCUGUCUGUAGUCUCCCUGCGCCACACAAACAUAAAAUAAAUGAUGGGUUAGGGUCACGAUAUUACUCAAAUGAAAACCAAACUUUUCACGAGAAACUUAAGUCAUAAUUAAAAGUCAGAAUAUUACUUACUACUACUUAACUGAAGCCUUUUUUCUCGUCAUGUUUCGAUUUUUCUUGUAGUAUGACCACUUUUUCUUGUAAUAUUUUUAAUUCUUUCCUUAAAAUACUACAACUUCGUUAUUGUAAGAUUAUAAGCACAGUUCUCGUAGUAUAAAAAAAAAAAAGAGUAUCGAAGUGGCUCUCAUACUCAAUUACUUACUUGUAUAUUAUUUUUUCUGAAUUCAUUCUAUCACUGGCUGUGUGAGCGGUAUCACACAGAAACACACGGACACGUAUGAAAAUAAAGAUCUAGAAAACAUUGGGUACUGACCACGUGGGGUAGUUUGGAGGCUUUGGUCACAGCAUCACCUCUCUCACUGUAAUAUCUAAGAAAAACAGGGAAAGAGAAGUUUAUUUUUGAACAGACACCAUUUAACACACUUUAAAAUCCCUCCGAGGUCCUCACUAAAUGUUUAAAAAAUGUCUGAUUCCGACAUGAUGUCUCUGAAACCUCCAUUAAACUUCUGUUUAGAGCGAGAUAUGGGCUAAAAUAUUCACAGCUCAAGAAGAUUCAGAAGAUUCUUCUGGAUUAUUUUUUUAGAUGCACGGCCUGCUCUUUUUUUCCCAUGAAUCUUAAUGAAUUGGGUUUUUGCACCUCCUCCUUUGGUUCAUGCUGGCUGAAUAAAGUGUGCACUCUGUCACAGUUAA